CCAUAUUAUCCACACUAGUCCAUGAGUAAUACUAUUUCGAUUUAAGCAAGUCCUUUCGAUCUAUAGAUAGGAGAGAAUUCCCUCUUUUUAAACGUUUUGAUGGAUAACGUUGAAAUARCAGAUCUAAAGGUUGUUCCAUGUGUUGACUCGCGAUUUAUUCGACCUUCAAGAGUUGUAUUCAAACAGAAUGGUGCACAAAGAAUUUGGGAUUAUCUAAUUGUUCAUGAUAGUGUUUGCUGUAUUGUGUUCAAUAAAACAAGACAGGCUUUUGUUUUGGUGAAACAGUUCCGACCAGCUAUCUACAUGCAUACCAAUCGAAAACUCUUCAAACAAUCAAGUGGCAAUAGCAAUGUCUUAGUAACAACUGAAGACCCAUCAACAAAAGCACUAGCUCCACCAUCUGCAGGAGUUACAUAUGAACUUUGUGCAGGGAUAAUUGAUCAGGAYAUCAGUCUCACWRCUUUAAUGAAACAAGAACUCCUAGAGGAGUGUGGUUACAAUGUCCCUGAAGAGAAGAUUCAAAAAGUUUCUAAAUUCCGUGGAGGUGUUGGCAGCACAGGRUCUGAGCAAACACURUUCUAYGCUGAAGUUACUGAUGAUAUGAUAGUUGAUGGGGCUGGAGGUGGAAAUCUUCAAGAAGGAGAAAGAAUUGAAGUGUUUUAUUUACCUUUAGAAAAAAGUAGGGAGUUUGUUUUUGAUGAAUCUAAGGAAAAACCUGCUGGUCUCCUCUUUGCAUUCAUGUGGUAUUUUAGUAAAUUUAAUGUACCAAUAUAGGCCAAACUUUUUUAUUAUUUACAAAUAUUCAUUUGGAGGAUAUUAUUGAUAGUUCAAGGGUUKUCCAGUACUAUGACAAAGUGAUGUAUAGCAUUGUAUUAUAUUCACAUAACAUAUCAAUAGAUUGCAUGUAACAAUAUGAUGCAUUUGAGCAUAGGUGCUAACUAUGAUUUGAGAAUGAAGCAGUGCAAUAGAAUACAAUGUCAAGUUCAUGUUAUAUUGGAAAUAAUUUGUUUUUGGGUCCUUUAAACUACUAUUUAUAAUGGAAAAGAAGUUAUAUAUUUUUAUUUAGAUAACAACUAUGGAUUUUAUACAUAACUAAGAUGUAUUAUGUAAUUAAUGUUGAUUAGACUGACACUAGUAUUGAUAUAAAAAAGAUUAAAAAAACAUACAAAUGUCA